CGCCACGCCUGUAGGCGGACCAGCACAGUCGUAGCCAGUAUCGUCAGACCAGACACUGGGUACAGACAACAACAGUGACAGAUCGAGACCGUAAUUCUGUUUGCAACCAGCAAUGGGUGUAGUCUAGAGAGUGGGCACAGUAGCGCACCGCAGUAUACCUCGCAGUUUUAUCCUCAUGAAGGAGCUCCGUCCUGGCUGAGUUUGGGAGAUGGGAGUACACAACAUUGCAGACCAGCCUCCUCUGGUCCAGGCCAUCUUCAAACGUAAUGCUGAAGAAAUUCAACUACUAUUGCACAAAAAGGAGGAUGUCAAUGCACUGGACCAAGAACGUCGUACGCCACUUCAUGCUGCUGCCUGUGUGGGUGACGUCCAUGUAAUGGACCUCCUCAUUGAAUCAGGUGCCAGUGUUAAUGCUAAAGACCACAUAUGGUUGACCCCUUUGCACAGGGCAGCUGCUUCAAGGAACGAGAGGGCAGUGGGGCUGCUGCUGAGGCGUGGAGCAGAGGCAAAUGCUCGAGACAAGUUCUGGCAGACGCCGCUGCAUGUGGCUGCUGCCAACCGUGCCUCUCGCUGUGCAGAGACCUUGCUUACCCAGCUGAGCAACCUGAACCUGGCAGAUCGCACCGGCCGAACUGCUCUGCACCACGCUGCUCAGAGUGGGUUUCUGGAGAUGGUGAAGCUGCUGCUGAACAAAGGAGCCAACCUGAGUGCCAUCGAUAAGAAGGAGAGACAGCCCAUUCAUUGUGCUGCUUAUUUGGGACACGUGGAGGUUGUCAAGUUGCUGGUGUCCCGCAGUGCAGACAAAAGCUGUAAGGACAAGCAGGGCUACACCCCUCUCCACGCUGCUGCUGCCAGUGGUCACCUCGAAAUUGUAAAGUACCUACUGAGGAUGGGGGCGGAGAUUGAUGAGCCCAAUGGUUUUGGAAACACUGCACUCCACGUGGCCUGCUACAUGGGCCAGGAGGCGGUGGCCACGGAGCUGGUGAACCACGGAGCUAAUGUUAAUCAGCCCAACAAGUGUGGCUACACCCCCCUGCACCUGGCUGCCGUCUCCACCAACGGUGCCCUCUGUCUGGAGUUGCUGGUCAACAAUGGGGCAGAUGUGAACCAGCAGAGCAAAGAAGGGAAGAGCCCCCUGCACAUGGCAGCCAUUCACGGACGCUUCACACGCUCUCAGAUCCUCAUCCAAAAUGGUGGGGAAAUUGACUGUGUGGAUAAGUAUGGCAAUACUCCUCUCCACGUUGCUGCUAAGUAUGGCCAUGAACUGCUGAUCAGCACUCUAAUGACCAAUGGAGCAGACACGGCCAGACGUGGGAUCCAUGGAAUGUUCCCCUUGCACUUAGCUGUGCUGUACGGGUUUUCAGACUGUUGUCGCAAGUUACUCUCCUCAGGUCAGCUGUACAGUAUAGUUUCAUCCAUGAGUAAGGAGCACGUACUAUCAGCUGGGUUUGACAUUAACACCCCUGACAACUUUGGGAGGACCUGUCUACACGCUGCUGCCUCUGGAGGAAAUGUUGAAUGUCUGAACUUGCUCUUGAGUAGCGGUACUGACUUAAACAAGAGGGACUUGAUGGGAAGGACACCGUUGCACUAUGCGGCUGCUAAUGGGAGGUACCAGUGCACUGUGACCCUAGUGAGCGCUGGCGCUGAGGUCAACGAGCCUGACCAAACAGGCUGUACUCCCCUGCACUACUCUGCCGCAUCCCAGGCCUUCAGCAGAGUCGAUCGUCAUUUUUCCGGGAACCAUCAGAACGAUGAAGAUGAGGCAAAGGAGUCGUACUUCUGCUUAGAGCAUCUCUUGGAUAAUGGUGCUGAUCCAUCAAUGGUCAACUCAAAGGGUUACAGCGCUGUUCACUAUGCAGCUUACCAUGGCAACAAACAGAACCUGGAGCUGCUGUUGGAGAUGUCCUUUAAUGCACUAGGAGAUAUUGAGAGCAGUAUUCCAGUCAGUCCACUGCAUCUUGCUGCUGACAGAGGCCACUGGCAGGCACUGCGAGUGCUGACUGAAACUGCAGCCUACGUGGAUGUGCAGGAUGCUGCAGGCCGUUCUGUGCUCUACCUGGCUGCUCAGAAAGGCUACGCCUGCUGCAUCGAGGUGGUGUUGGCCCAAGGAGCCUCCUGUCUCCUCAACGACAACCGCCUCAUGUGGACCCCCAUUCACGUGGCAGCUGCUAACGGACACUCAGACUGCCUGCGCAUGAUGAUCGACUAUGGAGAGGAUGGGGAUCUCACCAACACUGCGGACAAAUAUGGCCAGACCCCUCUGAUGCUAGCUGUCCUAGGUGGGCACACAGAUUGCGUCCGCUUCCUGUUGGAGAAGGGCGCCUUACCUGAUGCGAAGGACAAGAGGUCCAGCACAGCUUUACACAGAGGCGCCAUGUUGGGACACGAGGACUGUGUGACAGCCCUGCUGGAGCACAAAGCCUCUGUACUGUGUAGAGACACCCAGGGUAGAACCCCGCUGCACUACGCUGCAUCCAGAGGCCACACAGAGAUCCUGGCCUGUCUGGUGCAGGCCGCCGUGGCUGAAGAACCACACAAACAACUGCUAGACAACAAACAAUACACCCCGUUACACUGGGCUGCUUACAAAGGGCAUGAAGACUGUUUGGAGGUUUUACUUGAAUUUAAAACAUUUAUCCAUGACGAGGGAAACCCUUUUACCCCUCUGCACUGUGCUCUGAUGAAUGGCCAUAGCGGUGCUGCAGAGCGGCUGCUGGAAUCUGUUGGGAUCCAGAUGAUCAACACCAGAGAUGCCAAAGGAAGGACCCCGCUGCACGCUGCUGCAUUUGCUGAGGAUGUCGCAGGACUGCAGCUGGUGCUUCGCCACGGGGCAGAGAUCAAUGCGGUGGACAACAGCGGUCGCUCUGCCCUGAUGGUCGCUGCUGACAAGGGACACAGUGGCACAGUGGCUAUCCUCCUUCACCGGGCCAAGGCUGACCUAACAUUACUAGACGAGAACAGGAACACUGCCCUGCAUUUGGCCUGCAGCAAGGCUCAUGAGAUGUGUGCCCUGCUGAUUCUGGGAGAGAUCCACAGUCCCACACUCGUAAAUGCCACCAACAGUGCUCUGCAAAUGCCCCUCCAUCUUGCAGCACGUAACGGUCUGGCUACGGUGGUGCAGGCACUGCUGAGUAGAGGAGCCACUGUGCUGGCUGUGGAUGAGGAAGGCCACACACCAGCUUUGGCCUGUGCUCCCAACAAGGACGUGGCUGACUGCCUGGCUCUGAUCCUCUCCACCAUGAAGCCUUUCCCCCAGCGGGACCCCUCCUCCUGCUCCUGCUCCUCCCCCACCGUCUCCCCAUCCCCAGGUCUCAACUUGCUGAAGCACUGCGGCAUCACCGCCGCCUGCACCCCCCUGCCCAGCAACGGCCUCCACAACGGCUACGUCAAAGACCGUCACGGUGCACCAGUCGGCCUGGACGGGUGUCUGUCUGAGUAAGGUUCCCCUCUCCCCCCGCCUCCUCAGUCAGCUGCUAUCACCACCGUCACCACCAGGGUGUGACCCCCCCCAGGGUGUGACCCCCCCCAGUCCCCGUCCCCUCCCCUUUAACGUGGCCCAGAGGACCAGGAGAGCACCCAUCUACUUGUCUGUUCUCUGUGUAUGUAUGUGUUUGUGUGUCUGUGUGUGCGUGAGUGUUUGGUCUUCUCUUGAGGUGCAGUCAAACCUAAUAUGCAAUUAGAUCCCAUUCCUCCAUCUCCUAGUAGUGCUAAAAAAAAAACCUAGAGGCUAAUUGCUCUACAAGGUCACUGGGAAGUGUGUCAUCCACAGCAGACAAUAGCAAACUGGACAUCACUAAAACAAAUCAUGUAACCCUUUAAAACUAUGUGCACAUAAUGAUAUAAACCACACUUAAGAGCAUGGAAAUCUCCGUAUCCUGGAUCGUUUUCUCUUCAUAUCAUUCAGUAUAAAAGUCAUAUCACGUAGGAUGGAUUUUUCUGUGACCUUGUAGAGGAAUACGGCGCCUCCCCGAAAGAAUGAUCAAAGAGUUUCUUUGUGUAUACGAGAUUUUCUUUUUCUUCCUUUGUUUUUAAAUUGUCUGUUAGUUUAGAUUUUUAUGAAGGAACCACACAAGGGAAAAAAAAAAUCUAAAACUUUUUUUUUUGUUUUUUUUUGUUUUUUGUUUUUGCUUAAGAGUGCAAUGCUUGUGUACUACAGUACAAUCCGAAAAAAAAUUGGAAAAGGGUCACAAAGAUGUUAAUUCCAUAGUGUACUUUAAACUUAUAGCCUACAAUUGUUUGGCAUUUUAAGGUGAUUUAGUGAUGCUGCUGAUACAUUAGCAUCUCUCCUUCCAAAGGAGACCCACGUUCUGGUCAGCGUUCUAACAUCAACCCGUUCCUAUUGCUGACGUCAUGUUUUAAAGAUGCUAAAUAAGUGUUUGUUAAGCUAGAAUGUUUCUAAGCAUAUAAGUUAUGACCAAAGUUAUGAUCAACACUACUAUGGCUAUAAAUUAUUUAUUUGAGAUGAACUGUACUGUAUAGAGAAAGACAAUAGAUCUUGAUAUACCUCGUCAACUCGUUUAGCAGCUGCUUCAUCUUCACCCAGGGUCCGUAGGCCUAAAGUUCUCUCUUUGUAGGACUGGAGAACUACUGUAGGAUAGUAACUGACUGACUGAGGCCUUGUUUAUUUCUAGAUGAAGGCUUUACUAGUAAUAUCUGCCAACAACACCUCAUCAAAGCAUCAUAUAUCUGAGCACAUAAAUGAACAAGCCAUUUCAAUUUGUUUCCCAUCUCUUCAGUUUUUUUGUUUGUUUUUGUUUUGUUUUUUUGGAAAAGAUUUCUGAAUUCAAACGGCCUAAUUAUUGAUAGUGAGCAGUCGAUUUUUUGUUUUCAAGGCACCGACAACAUUUCUUUUUUCUUUUUUUUUUUUGCCGUUGAACCAGCCGUCGGAGUCGUUGUUUAACAAACUCCCUAGGAGAAUUCCUCCGAGCUGGUGAACUAGUCUUAAACAUCAAGUCCACUGAUCAAUUUUAACAACUAAAAGAAUUGUCUGCUAUUAUUAUCAUUGGGCUGUUUUCAAGCAAUAUUUUUUUUGGCCUUUUUUUUUUUUUUUUGGUUUAACCUUAUUGAAUAGACAAUCACUGUCACAAGGGCUUUUGUUUCCCUGGAAUGUGUUUGGUUUUACUUAUGGUUUUUUUUUUGUUCAUUAUUUCAUGAAAAUUUACUAAAGACUAAAUGAAUGGCUCCCUGCGUGCCGGGCAUUUUACUGUCAGUGUCAACACAAAUGCACUGGACUGCCUUUGUGGCAUCUCAUGAAAUGCCUUUUGACCCAUGCCUUCCGUAUCGCAUCAUUUCAGUUGGAUUGCGUUUGUAAAUGAAGCCCUGGGGCGGAUUCGUUUUCCACGCCAUCAGUGGCAAAAAAGCGUUUUUAACCACACACUUAAAUCAUAGGAUUGCCCUGCAGAUCUGUGUGUGCAACCACAUGAUCGAUGACCAGGGCACUGGUGUCCCUUAUAGAAGCAAAUAUGGCUGAGAGGCAAAGGAGACGGACCUUUGUUGAGGCCAACAUCUGAUGUUUAGAUUUCAGGAAUAGCAGAAAUCCAAAAAAAUGUGCUUUUAUUUUGGUGUUAAUUUCUUGUCUCCUCACCCCCCGUUUCUGGUACUAAGCAUACUAAAGAUGAUUGUAUCGGACCACUAGAGCUGUUUGCGACUUUUAAGAUGUUAUAUCUAUGCUAUUUUGUCUUUUUUAAACAAAAACACCUGCUGGUGGUUAAAGGACACGCGGCAGGGUUGUUGUUUUGUUUUCAUGACAGCUUCAUAUCCACUGAUAAUGAAGUGGCACAAUUGCACACAUUAGCUGACUGGAUGAGAGAUGAGGACCUGGAUGAGCCUAUGUUGUUAAAUACCCCCCGCCCCCUGAGAAAAAGUCUUUGACCUCAUUGUGAACGUUGUUAUUGUUGUAGAUUAGUAGUCGGCCUUAGAUGAUCUCCCUCAGCAGAUUGAAUUGGAAGCGAUGGGUAAAAAACACAAAAAAAAAAAGACCAGUCUUUGGUCUCUUGAUCAUUUUCCUUGUAAGAGAAGAACAUUUAUAUCGUUGUUCAUAUUAGUGAUAGGUGCAUAAUUUCUCGUGAUCUCAGGAUCUGUGCUGAAGUCGCAGUCAGAAUUUUACUAAUCAAAUCAGAUGUCAGCAGGAUGACUAUGUCUACAUUUUAAUGGGAUUCUCUUUUUUUUCCACAAUUGAAUUCUUUGUUAACCCUAAUCCCAUAGCACUUAAUUAGAUAGGCAAGGAUGCACUUUAGUACAUUCAGGUUCUAAGUGUGCAGAGGAGCAGAUAUAGUGUAUGUACCUAUGUUUACAUGCAUGUGUGUUGCUGCUGAUUACACAAAGGUAGAGUUGCAAAAGAUGAGCAGAGGCUGCAACAUCACCGUGCUAACAAUGCAUUAUUUUUGGAAGAAAUACAAAAGUGUCUCCAGCACUUCGGGACAUUGUCCACUGCCCGCUGACUUUUUUUUUUUGGGUUGUCUAUUUUGGGCCCGACAAGGUUGUGAUUACCCAGCCUACUGUUAAUAACACAGACUGCAGCCUCAGUCACGCAGAGUCAGUCCGGUGACUCGGCAGAAACCUCAGGCGGGCUCCGCGAAAUAAUCCAGACACUCUCUGCCAUCUGUAGGUGCUGUCAGGUCAGUCAGUUCAGGCAGGGAUUCCUCCCCCCGACCCCCUCACCCUCUCUCCCUUGCGAUGUCCUUAUCUGACCAUCGUCCCUCACAACUAUACCAGGUGUAACAGAUUCUUUUUGUUGUGUCACAGUAUUCUUGUACUUUGCUUUUUCGUUUUAUUGGUGUGAUAACUGUGUGACUGUGCAUGGAACUAGACCACAAUUUUGAUAAUAGUUAUUGAAACACAUGGAGCAUAUACCAUACAUAUAUCUGGAGUUAGAAAAAGCAAUGAAAGGUCCAAUUGUAGCAAUAGAGCGCGUGUGUAAAAGUGUGCAGCACAAAUAUUGCACUGCCAUCCAUUUAGGCCAAUUCUGUAAGUCAUUGCAUUAAUGCCAAUGGAAGAUUUUAAAUGCGGGUUGGAUGUUCUAAUCUUUGGUCACAAAUGAGGCCUGUUUGCCAAAAUGUGGAGGGAGAGACUCUCCCGGUAAAGCAGCAAAAGGAUUUAUGCAGAUGUUCGAGCAGUUUACAGUCUGACCAUCAAAACUGAGCCAUGAAUUUUUUCUGACUGAAAUGAAUGUACGGUCAGUUCAGAGCGGAGCGAUUUGCUUUCUCCCAAACUUUCAACACUUGCUUGUCACUUGUCUGGCGGAGUUAUGAUUAAACUGGUAGCAUGUCAAAUCCCACCAAGUACAGUACGUGUAGUAGUCUUCCUGCAUCAUCGGUCUGGAUGGGGGUGUGUUUUUUGGCAUCAUUAUUCCACUGUAGACCUGCUCUUUAUUACUGUUGAUAUAUAUAUUGAAAUAUAUACAAACAUUUACGUGGAGUGUAGCUUAAAGGGGGGAAAAAGCGAGAAAUAAAACGUUCAUGUUCAUCCAUUCCAUUCAGACUGCCUUAGAGUACGGUACGACAAGAGGGUCAAAAAGGAGUCACACAAACUCGUCAAUAGUCCGUAUUUGACAAAAAUGCACCUAAGCUACACCCAUUUAGUGCCAUAGAAAACCUUUAUUUGCCUUUGAACAUGAUUCAUAUUUACUCGGUCUGUAAGUUAUUCAGAAGUUGGCAGGGCUAUUACAAUUUUGCGUUUGCAGCUGCAUGUCUUUUCGACAUUUAUAUUAAGUCAUUGGAAGAGAAAAAAACAAAAACAUUUGCAUGGAGUAUCCGUUAUAAAAAUGCAACUGUUCUGUUAAGUUUUUAGUGUUGAUUUUUGAUUGGACAUGCUUAGAGGAAAUGGUUUGGUAUUAGCAUAGCAUACCCCAGGUUGUGUUUGUUUAAAAGAUGAUAACAAUGUGUGGUACCAGGAUAUAAAAAAACCAAACAUGCUUGAUGUCCAAAAAAAAGCAUGGUACAGUACAGACAGUGCAGGAUUGAUUUGCCUCCGUCACCAUGGUUCUUACUUGAAGUAAACGGCAAAUUUCGAUUCAAC